UGUCAUCGUGACGCCUCGAUCACGUGCCAUACGCCAUACGAUGGCGCAAGGUGUGAACAGCAGCUUGGUCAGAACGACCAGUCUCAUGCUUGCUACCAUCAACCGUCUUCGUCUCUCUCUUCUGUCUUCACUGUCAUCGCAAGCUUUCCUACAGAACAACCGCGCCGCGAAUAUCACAACGAUGUCAGGUAAAGCACCAGAAGUCGCGACCUUCGCCGCAGGGUGCUUCUGGGGGGUCGAGCACAUCUUCUUGAAGCAUUAUCCCAUAUCCCAGAACAAGGGCAUCCUCAAGACGGCGGUCGGGUACACUGGCGGGAAGGAGGAUGCGAAGAACCCCGACUACCGCACGGUGUGCACGGGCACGACGGACCACGCCGAGGCGUUGCGGAUAGAGUUCGACCCGAACGUCGUGAGCUACGGCGAGCUCGUCGAGUUCUUCUACCGGACGCACGACCCGACGACUGCGAACAGGCAGGGUAACGAUACGGGCACUCAAUACCGCUCGGCCAUCUUCUACCACUCCCCGGAGCAGCUCGAAAUCGCCCGCCGCGUGACUGAGGAAGUGCAGAAGAAGCACUUUGAUUCCGUUGGCACGAAGAUUGUUACCCAGAUCGUUUCCGCGGGCCAGUGGUGGGACGCGGAGGACUAUCACCAAGAGUACCUGCACAAGAACCCAACUGGGUACCAGUGCCCGACGCACCGCCUGCACUGGUAAGCGUUGCUAGGAGGGAAGGAAGAAGUUCAAGUUCAAGAACAAUGAAUGUACGAUUGUAUCGUCGCCAGUGUAUGAUUCCCGAACAGCGGCCGACCCGCGUGUAACUCUACAUCGCAGCGGCAUGAUCCGCGGAUGUGCGAGGCAGGACUUUACCUCAGUAACCUGUUUGUUUGUAAAUCCCAUUUAUUGUCGCGUUAGGGCGAAGCCUCAGUAACCUGAAUGGGUGGAACAGCUGGUGCGUAGAGGCGAUGACAAUUCAUGGUUCUUCG